AUGUGGAGUGAACCUGGAGCUGCCAGUCUUGUCGGCGGAGGAAUCUGGGACCAAAGGGCCUCCGGCUAUGCUGGUCCGGUCGGAGACAGGGCCACCGAGCCCCGCAGCCCCGGGGCAGGCCGGGUGGCUCGGCUGGGCGUCCAGGGCUGGCCUGCGAAAGAGCAGUUAUUCUACCCAUUUCUGGUUAUUUCAUUUUGCUUGUCUGUGGUUUUGCUCUACGUGUGGAUAGAAACCUCAAACGAAUACUUUGGCUUUGACUGGGUCGUUUUUCUAGGUACAGGAGACUGGUUCUACUGGUCCAUUGUUUUGCUGAGUUUCCUUGGGAUCCUGACUGCCUACUCUUCAUUGCUGUUGUUACUUGGAUUUUUGUUGAUUUGGGAAGGGAGUGAACUAUAUCUGCACUGGUUUCAUAAGAUCCUGACUCUGCUAGUGAUUCUGCUAUGCUUGUGUCUUAUGUGGAUUUUAUGCAUGCACUGGAAAGACAGGUGGCUGACAGCUGGGCUUUCACUGAAGGUCUUUGCUCCCUACAUACACCUGAGCAGCAUAACUGUGAUGGUUCUCCUUUCCUGGCCUGUGGCCUUCUACUUAAUCCAUUGGGAAAGAGAAGCUAGAAUCAGAAGAUACAAGAUGACAAGUUAUGAGAGGAAAAGAAUGAAGAGAUGUGAUAGACUCGUAAAGUUGAGAGCUCUACAAGUGGCUAUUGGAUUGCCCUUUUUUCUUAUCCUUUUAUGUCUCUAUGUGGUCCCAUUGGGGAUUUACUCUCCCUGCAUUCAGGAGAAGGAUAAAUUGGGACCCAAGCCAGACUUCUUUGGACAUAGAGGUGCACCCAUGCUGGGGCCUGAGAAUACCAUGAUGUCCUUUGAGAAAGCUGUUGAACAUGGGGCUUUUGGGCUGGAGACUGACGUAUACUUAAGUUAUGAUGAGGUGCCUUUUCUCAUGCAUGACCAUGACCUGAGAAGAACAACCAAUAUUCGGAAAGUCAUGCCAAACGCCUCCUUCCAGCACCCUUCUCAUUUCACAUGGAAUUUCUUGUCGACUCUGAAUGCAGGCAGAUGGUUUGUACAGCCAGAGCUCAAACCAUUUUACAAUAUGAAACCCUUAUCAAAGGCUGAUAGUGAAAAAGCAGAAAAUCAGACGAUUCCAAAACUAGCUGAUUUAUUGGAACUUGCACGGAAGGAAAAAAAAUUUGUGAUAUUUGAUCUUCAUAGGCCUCCACAAAAACAUCCUGUCAGAAACACGUAUGUCCGCCGUGUAGUAAACGUGAUCCUUGACUCUAAAAUUGAGCAACAUCUGAUUUUUUGGUUGCCGGGUUUUGAUAGGGAGUAUGUCAAGAGAAGAGCUCCUGGUUUUCAGCAGGUGGGCCGGUUCUUAUCCAUUGAAAACCUUGCAAAAGAAAAUAUCAGGAUAAUAAAUGUUGACUAUAAGAAGUUGUUCUACAAUGGAUUGAGAGAUUAUAAAGCAGCUAACAUCACCAUCAACUUAUACAUCGUCAAUGAGCCUUGGCUGUACUCACUGGCCUGGUGCUCCAGGAUUCACUCAGUGACCACAGACAACAUUCAGAUCCUAAGUCAGCUAAAUCACCCUUACUUCUUCAUGGUGAGCUGGUUGUCCACAUUGUUCUUCCAAGUCUGGUACUCAGAGCCACCAAAGGGGGAGAAGUAA